CUGUACAUUCCCAUCACCCAGGCCUGCUGUGCGGUAUUAGCAGGAUGAGGGCACUGCUUCUGCUGUUAUCCUUCAGCAUUUUUCAAGUGAUCUUUUCCGCUCCAACGUUAUUUCUGCCUAACAACGUGACCAUCCCUGAAGAUGCCCCUCGGAGCACGCUGGUGGCAAGGAUUACGGCGACUGCUGCACAGUUUGAUUCUAUAGUCGGAGCCCCUUUUAUAGUGAACUCAAAUCCAGUGAUGCACCCCUUCACGAUUAUUCCGAAAGCUGUCAAUUAUUGGGAGUUGAUAACGACCAGCAGACCCAAGCUGGACUUUGAAGCUGUCCCCCUAUACACCCUUCAAAUCCUAGUGGAAGACAGUAAAGGGACAACAGCCACUCAGUCCAUUGUCAUUGAGAUCUCCAAAGUCAACAAACCCCCGAUGUUCACUGGUACACUGGCUGAUAAAGGUAAAUUCCACCUACUACAUGGGAUGUGA